AAACUCUAUUUUAUUUUAUUUCCGACCUUGCAAUUUUCUCUUUUAGUUGAAGUAUUAAAUUUUGUUAGUGGUGCCCCCAAGCCAAUGAACUUGUUGGUCUAUGCGUUUUACAGUUUCAUGUUUCUCUCCUCUCUAACUAAAUAACCCCAUGGAUUGAUUCCUUUUUUCGGACCGGACUUGUAGCAACUGCAGUCAAACGAGAAAGGGAUUUAGCACAUACCCAUAUUGGUGAAAUCUGAAGGCAGAUAUGAGAUCAGAGGAGAUUGAAGCGGUGCAGUUAAGUGAGGUUGAGGUGCUGGAAGGGCACACAGACAGAGUAUGGGGUGUAGCAUGGAAUCCUGUCAGUGGAAGUGGGGGAGCUCCCUCUUUGCUCGCCUCUUGCAGUGGUGAUAAAACUGUCAGAAUAUGGGAAAACACUCCAGCCCCUUCCACUGCGUCUUCUUCUUGGGUUUGUAAGGCUGUUUUGGAAGAAACACAUACAAGAACUGUUAGGUCAUGUGCAUGGUCACCUAAUGGGAAGUUACUUGCAACAGCAAGUUUUGAUGCAACAACUGCAAUCUGGGAAAAUGUUGGUGGUGAAUUUGAAUGUGUUGCAUCCUUAGAGGGUCAUGAGAAUGAAGUCAAAAGUGUUUCUUGGAGUGCAUCUGGUUCAUUACUUGCUACAUGUGGUCGUGACAAGUCUGUUUGGAUCUGGGAAGUCCAACCUGGGAAUGAGUUUGAGUGUGUCUCUGUACUACAAGGCCAUACUCAAGAUGUGAAGAUGGUGCAAUGGCAUCCUGUGCAUGAGAUUUUGAUUUCUGCAAGCUACGACAACUCUAUAAAGGUUUGGGUAGAGGAUGGAGACAGUGAUGAUUGGAUAUGUGUGCAAACCUUAGGCGACUCCAGCAGUGGUCAUACAUCAACAGUGUGGGGAGUAUCCUUUAAUUCUUCUGGAGACAGAAUGGUAUCAUGCAGUGAUGACUUAACAUUGAAGGUGUGGGAUACAAGUGCAAACCCAGCAGAAAGCAGUGGUGAUGGUUCUGGGCCCUGGAAACAUCUUUGCACCAUCUCUGGCUACCAUGAUAGGACGAUAUUCUCAGUUCACUGGUCACGGGACGGUUUCAUUGCUAGUGGGGCAGCUGAUGAUUGUAUACGGCUUUUCAGUGAGAGCACAGAUGAUUCUGCUGCAACGGUUCAUCUCCCAUCAUUUAAGAUGAUUUUCAAGAAGGACAAGGCUCAUGCAAUGGAUGUGAACUCUGUACAGUGGCAUCCUCUGCCUCGGUUACUAGCUUCAGCAGGCGAUGAUGGAACUAUUAAAAUCUGGGAAGUUGCACAGAACAGUCUAGCAAACAAUGAUUAAUAUGUUUUCAUUUCCACAGAAAGUCCAAUGGACAAGAUAGUAAUAUGUAAUGCACUAGUAUCACCAAUUAUUGCUUGUUAUUUUGACUGUCAGCUUUAUACCGCCUUGUCUUGUUCAUUAUAGAAAAAUAAAUCACAGAUGAGACAAGGUUGGAGUUAAACAAAUGACAUGUAAAAAAUCUCCCCAAAAUCUAAUCCAGAAACAAUUGCAUUAAAUGACAUGUAGAUUUUACUAUUAAAUGCAAGCUGAUGAGAUGUUUCUUGA